GAUAAAACAAAAUGGGUAACUUUAAAGAAACACUGGGAGUAAGCGAGCUAAAAGCCAAAAACAACAACAUAUGGAAGGCCCUGCUAGCAGAAUUUAUUGGAAACGUACUUUUAAAUUUAUUCGGAUGUGGUGCAGUCGUUAACUACAAAGGCGACGUAGCAGGAACAGUACUGAUAUCCCUUACAUUUGGUCUUACCAUUUUCGUAGUUGUUCAGUCCCUUGGACAUGUUAGUGGAGCCCAUAUUAACCCAGCUGUGACGUGUGGAAUGCUAGCAACAGGAAAUAUUAAAAUAAUCAAGGGAAUAUUGUAUAUUAUCGUGCAAUGCCUCGGAGCACUUGCCGGCUCAGGAAUUCUAAAGGCCUUAAUUCCCGAGGAACUUCAAGAAUCAGGUAUCGGAGUCACAAUGGUUUCCAGCACCUUGAAGCUUACUCCAAUCCAAGGUUUGGGUGUAGAAUUCUUCUUAGGAUUCAUUUUGGUGCUCACCGUUUGCGGUGUUUGCGACCCCAACAGGCCCGAAGCUAAAGCAGCUGCCGGUUUAGCCAUCGGAUUGGCCGUAGCAGUUGGCCACUUGGUUGGUGUCCAAUUGACCGGCUCCAGCAUGAAUCCUGCUCGCAGCUUUGGAGCAGGAGUCAUUGCCAACGUGUGGACUGAUCACUGGAUUUACUGGGUGGGCCCAAUUUUGGGAGGAAUUUCGGCUGCACUCUUGUACAAACACGCUUUUGCAGCGCCCAGCCUGGGACCAUUGAAAAUCAUCGAAAGAUACACAACCGUCGUAACUGACGAAAAAGAGCUUAGAAGAUUGGAUGCCAAAAUGGACGAAAACAUGCCCUAACCUAAAUAAUGCUAAAAAUCACAAGCACAUUUUUUUCAUUUUUCAAGUACCUAUGUUAAUGUAAUUAGCAUUUUAUUUAUUAUGCCAUUAAUGUAUUGCAUGUAAGCACUAAUUUUACAUAUUUUAUAUUACUUUUAGAAAGAAA